CUCUAUUUGAAGAUUUUUAGCUAUAGCAUAUACUUUCAUCGAAAAAGUUCACGGACUUUAGAACCAAUCAUGGGAAGAAUGAGCUUCGAAUGUGUUCAUUUUAUACCUUGUAUUUUGUCAAAUAUUGAAACGCUCUUGAACGCAAAAGGUCCGAUUUUACUACUUUCUUGCGGCUGCUCUGUAUAUAGAAGUGAGUAUCUUACGAGGCCUGUAGCUAUGACUGACAAGCUUAUUAGCAAAUCACCCAAGACAGGAAAUGGAAAUGAAGCAAGCCCUGCAGCUGAACUGGAAAUUCCAAUAAAAAGCGCCAAGCUUUCCCCCUUUUCAAAUUGAGUAGAAGGAACAUUUGACCACGCGGAUUCCUCCAAAAACACGGUGACAUAGUAACGCAUCGCCUUUCUCGUUGUUUGGUCAGUCAGGCGAAUGAGAUGAUCGAUACCGUUGUCGUACAUCAACGUCACGUUUGAUGGAAAUGACAUUCGCUUGCCACUCACCGACAAGUACAGACUUUGCCUGAAUGGAUUCCAUUUCACUUUGUGAUAUGGAUUUCAAGACUCUUAAUCGCACUUUUGGAAGCAUCGUGCUAAUUUUGGACGACAAGGCAGUGAGACAAAACCUAACUGUUUUAUUGACCAUAGUGUUUUUUGUCGGUGUUUGGGCCAACUACGGCAUGAUUCGCAAGUUACUAAUUUGGCGAAAGCGAUUGGGUCACUUGGACCGAGCAUCCCUUUAUCUGAUCUAUGCUGGUUCUUUAAGCGGACUUGUGGUCUUGGUUCAACUUCAUGCCCUCUUAACUUGGCCCAACCGAUCUACGAACUUGUCGCUUUACCUGGAUGCCUCGGAUAUUUGGCCCAUGGCGAUGGAAUUUUGUACCCGAGUUAGUCUGAUCUCAAAGUCGAUUUUCACGUGUCAGAUUGCUGUCAUUCGAUGGUCCUAUUUGUGCACGCACUUGGAAUUGAGAAGGACAUUAUUGGAACCGUUAUCAUGUGUGUGGAAAUUCGCUUUGAUUGCCUCCACAGCAAUGGCGUUGAUCACAAUCUAUUCCUCGACCAAUUUCAACCAAUAUCGUGGCAUACCCAUCUACCAUGCGCUAGCCCAACGACAAAUCCUGGGUGAUCGCCCUAAAUGCACGGUGUUUACUGACCGUUUGGUUGUUUAUUUCUUAAGCGUCAUGCACUUGUUAACUUUAUUCAGUUAUGUAUGCCUGUUUAAGAGUUUAUUCGAUCAUGAUUACUCAGUCCGCGUGAAUCCAAUGAGUCAAAACCGCCAAGCUAGGUUCAAAGAGCGACACCGGAAAAAUGUCAGCCAUGCAUGGGCCCAUUUUUUGUGUUGGGUUGCGGAAUUGGUGUGGCCUAUUUUCUUGUUCUUUUCUUUGGCGGGAUUUGACAUUCGCCGUGCUUCGGAUUCUGUGGUUCUGUGUAUGUUUCUGGUGCCCUCAAUAAACUUUGCUUGGGGACCUUUCAUACUAAAUUGGUUAUCUUGA